CUCCAGAAGCAAAAACUGAGUAGGCCUUUUGAGGCCCUGGAGAAUAUUGUCAGCCACAGAAUUUCUCAUGGCUGGAAGGAAGCCAAUGAACCAGUCACCCAGUGGAAAUCCAUCAUGCUAGAUCAACUGCCAACAAAUCUCUCUCUCUAUUUGUUGAAGUAUGAUGGGAUAGAUUGUGUCUAUGGAUUGGAGCUUCACAGUGAUUUAAAGAUAUUAAAGCUUAAGUUCCUGCCUAACAACGUACCAUUUCCUCAGGAGACAGACACUCAUCUCUCAAACACCAUAGUUGGCAGAGCAGUGAAACAUACAUUUGAGGGCACAAAUGGCUCUAAGGAUGACUGGAAGGGGAUGGUCCUAGAGGAGGUGCCAAUCAUGAAGACCUGGUUCUAUAUUACCUACAAGAAAGAUCCGGUCUUGUACGUUUACCACCUCCUGGUUGACUACCUUGUAGGCAACCUACACAUCAUGCCAGCUCUAUGGAAGAGUGGACUGGGGGAUUCCUUGGCAGUCAAAAGCGUGCAGCACAACGAAAAAGAUGGAACCCAAAAGAUAGGUAAAAUUAUUUACCAAGUUCCCACCAAACCUUCCGUGCAUUUCAUCAAGUUUGAUAAUGACUUCCAUAUCUAUGUCUAUGAUUUG